ACCGCCAUGCCCGCAGGACAGCGCCCGGUCUUUGUGGUCGGAAUGAAUGGAUGAAGGGCCCUAGGUGUGUGUGGCGUCAUCGCGGGCUCACCACCCGGCGAUGCACCCCCUUUCACUCAGCGGCAACAGCGCCUCUGCCGCGCGCAGGCCGGAGGAGGAAGUGGGGUUUUGGCUUCUUCGGACAAGAGAUUGGCCAUUGCUGCGGGGAAAAACGGGUCUAUACCUCGGGCCCGGGCAGCGCAGGCGUGGCGCGGCGAGCAGCACGCAGCCCGCAAUCCGGGAACUCGGCGGGCGCCUCGCCCCUUCCCCCACCCGCCACCGCCGCCCGCGCUUCGCAACAAAGCCCGGCUGCAGGAGCGCGGGGCCCCACAUCCCCAACGGGUGGCAAAGACAUCUCUCCCCUACCGGCGUCCGCUUCCUGGUGUCCGAGAACACAGCCCUCUUAGAACCGCCCGUAGCCACGGCCUUCCUCAGAGACACCCGAGGAAGUAGGCUGAAGCCUCUGGCCAAUGGCCAGCAAGGAACUCAGGUCUGCUCACUACUAUGUAAGUGAACCUAGAAGCUGAUUCUCCAGCCCCAUUUGAACCAUGAGAGGUAUAUCAAAUGAUGUCUUACAAUCAAGAGCACCUUAGAAAUUCGAUGAAACAUCAUGAACCUACAUCAUAAACUAACUAUAAAGAAUAGAUAAAUAAGCAUAUAAAAUUCAGGACCUAAAAUAUACCGAUUUAAAACUUUUUUUCCCCUAAAAAAAAAAAAAAGAACCAAAAAACAAACAUGUGAAAACUACCUUGUGUUCACUGUAUGCAUGCACUGUUGAAAAGAUUAGGCCCCACCUAGAGCAAGAAUGGCAAGGGGUAUAUCGAUAAGGAAUCCAGGGUGAGCUGCAGUGAUCAGUAUGUCUCAAAGCACAAAAAGUGAUGUGCCACCUUUUAAGGACAAAACGUACCAACCCAGGACAUCCCAGUAAGGAUGCCUAUUCUGCCCACUGGACUAGUUUUGUUCACAAAAUAACAAGUCAUAGAAUCUUAUCUUCUAAGAUUUAGUUUUAAAUGUGUUACCAACAGUAACCCAUGGCUCGAAAGCCAGGGAGGCUUUGGCCUAACAUUAAGUUCAAACUUAGUGCUGUAAGUUUGGAGAGAGGCUGCUGAGUGGAACUGUGUAUGCCCACUAGCUGAGCACACAAUACAGAACUGGAGACCAUGAGGAGAGGGCCUGAGGGAUGCUAGAUACAGCAAAUACAACAUAGUAGGAUGAAAGUUCAAUUUAUUAAGAGUGGAAUUAAUGCUAUUAAUAACAGCUUGAGAUUUAAAGGACUGAUGACUUGUUCAGUAUGGCAGAUGUCACAGAUGAAGUACAUAAUCUGGAGUCCAGCAGAAAUGAUUGUCUAGAUUUUGAGGAUGAAGAAUGUAACAUAUCUGAUAACUUUAAAAUUACUCUCUUCCUUGUUAUAUAGUUCUGGUAUUCAUUGAAAUGCCAGUUUCUAUCAGAAUUCAUUUUUGUGGCUUGCUGUGCAUAUUUAUCAGUGAAGAUUUGCUUUUUUUUUUUUACAAGCAAACAUGACAUUGGAAAUCAUUCAUGUGUUAUUUUUUUGUAUCUGUUGUACCAGUUUCUACCGAGCCAUUUGUUUACCUACAAGUUUAUUCAAGUUCAUUGGAUUUCACAACUUGCUUUGUUCCACUUUACAAUUAUAUUUGCUUUCUCUGCCUUUAUCCUAUAGAAACUCGUUUAAAUUUAGUUUACAGUUUGGCAUGCUUCUUACUUAUGUAGUCACCAAAACACCAUAUCCACAUUUGCUUUAAUGGUUGCCAUAUUAAGGUGUGGGGUUUUAUUUUCCCAUGCAUUUGUAUAUUGGAGCACUUUGUUGCCUGCUUAUACCAGCUUUCAUGGAUACUAAUACAUUUCUAUAAGAUAAUGAGAUUUUACCUUCUUUUAGUCUUAAAUAGUUUCACAUAUCCAGAAUUUGUAAUUUCCUACUGGAUACUAGUACAGAAUGUACUGUAUUUUUAUGAACAAAAUAAUAUGCUUCCCUUUGCAAACUACUUUUAAAA